AUGCAGUGUGACGUGUGCCAAAAAUGUAAAGAUGAACACUUGCCAUAUCCCGGCCUACUACAACCCCUACCUGAACCUCAUCAUUCAUGGAGUCAUAUAUCCAUUGACUUUAUUGAGAGACCACCAAAAUCUGAAGGGAAGGACGUUAUCUUAGUGAUAGUAGACAGAUUCACUAAAUGCAUGACACACCACAAACCUAAGGCACAGGCUAAAUGGAUACCUUUAGCUGAAUGGUGGUACAGUACCACUUACCAUUUAGCCAUUAAGCAAAUACCCUUUGAGGCACUAUAUGGGAUUCCACCACCCCAGUUAGCCAUGGGACCUUAUCAACAAACAAGUGUUUCUAUGGUGGAAGACAUCCUGCAAAAGAGGUAUAAAAUGGAUCAGCAAUUAAAGGAGAACCUAGCACAAGCAAGAUCCAGAAUAAAAAUGUAUGCUAAUAAAAACAGGACCGAGAGACAAUUUGAAGAAGGGGAUUGGGUAUACUUGAAAUUACAUCUAUAUCAACAGUGGUCCAUGGCCAAGAGAAUUAAUCAGAAGUUGAGUCCUAGAUACUAUGGCCCUUAUCAGAUCGAGAAGAUUGGAAAUGUAGCAUACAAACUGGUAUUUCCCAACCAAGAAAAAAUUCAUCUUAUAUUUCAUGUAUCUCUACUUAAGCAGAAGAGAGGAAGCAGAGCAGUGGUUAUAGAGCAGUUACCAUUUGGAUAG